GAAAACGGUUGAAAAAUAUUCUCAACAAGUUACAUGCCCUAUGUUUACAACCGAAAAUUCAAAUUCUUUAUUAAAAAUUGUAAUCAUUUGAUUUUAUUCAAAUUUACUAGCCCAGAAUAAAAUGGAUUACAUUCGAAGUGCAAUGCAAAGCAUAGCAGCUUGCUGCUUAAACUGUCAAGAAGAGACUACAAGAGCAGGAGAACCCACAGAAAGAACUGCAUUACUAAUCGAACAACAACAAAGGAGAAAUAUUGCAAACAGUCCACAAAUAAGAAGAAUUAGCGAGGAAGAUAUUGAAUAUGCUAGUUCACUUCCCAAACGUGAUGAGCAAACAGCCCUCAACAGAAUUGUUCAGGAAACAAAUUCAAAUAUUAUUGAUGUUUCUGCAUUGGAUACUCAUCUAUUAGAGCCAAGUGAAUAUAAUGAUCGUGUUAAACUUUAUGCGCAACGUAUUGCUCAUCAAUGGAACAGUAUACAAUAUCUGGAUACAAAAUAUAAUGGCUUGCUUAAAGAUGUUCCAAAUGCUGAUGUUCUCUUGGCUUCCAAUCCUAAGGUGGAGGAAAUUAAUAUGAUUAAAAACUUUGUCAAAGAUGCUGCACAAGCUAUUAAUGAAAUGAAAGUUGAGAAUAAUGAUGAACUGGUCGUGCCUUUUCUUAUCACAUAAGCCAGCUAUCUAGAAGGUUUUCGUAAUCUUUUGUUUCCCAUGUCGAUGUCAUUUUAUGUAUAAUGAAAAGAAAUUUAAAUAAAAGAAAAACAAUUUAUGAAAAUUUUAUAUCUAAAGA